AUGGAUUUGGAGUCUUUGGUUAAAAAUCUUAGUGGAUUUGGCUUGGUUAAUCUGUAUGUGGAGCACGAUGUUGAUAACCCUGACAUAAUAGAUGAGGUAGAGGCGGUUCAUGGAUUUGAUGUUGAUGAUGAUGUUAAAGUUAACAAUGAUAAAGAGGAUAAUGUUGAAGUUGAUGAUGAUGUUGAAUUUAACAAUGAUAAGGAGGAUAAUGUUGAAGUUGAUGAUGAUUUUGAAGUUAAUAAUGAUAAAGAGGAUAAUUUUGAAGUUGAUGAUGAUGUUGAAGUUAACAAUGAUAAGGAGAAUAAUGUUGUAGUUAAUGAUGAUGUUGAAAAUCAUGGUGAGGAUUCUGAUCAAUUGCAUAAACCUGUUGAAAGUGAAGAUGAGCAAGAGUAUGAGACAUUUCCAAGUUACAAAAGUGGUGAGGCCAUCAAAUUCCAGUUGGGUAUGUUUUUUAACAGUAAAGAGUUAAUAAGGGAUGUUAUAAAUGAAUAUGCCAUGGAGAGUAAGAAGGUCGUGUUCUUGAAGAAAAAUGAUGGGAAGGUGAUGGUGGUUAAGUGUAUAGUUGGCUGCAAAUUCUAUAUGAGGUUAAGUAAAAGGGUUGGAAACCAAUUCUUGCAAGUAGUUAGUCUAAUUGAUGAUCAUACAUGUCACUGGACACCUAAGAAUAGACAAGCAAAAAUUGAAUGGUUGGCUAAUAAAUUUGCCCAUAUUUUAAGACAUAAUUCUGACAUGAAACCUCUUGGACUACAAGCUGAAUCAAUGGAUAUAUGGGAAGUUAAAUUUCCCUAUAACCAAGCUUAUAGAGCUAAAAGAAAAUCAAUAGAAUCGAUACAUGGGGUUGGUAGGGAUCGAUUCACACAUCUAAGGAGUUAUGCACAAGAAUUACUAAACUCAAACCCAAACAAUAUUGUUGUAAUCUAG